AUGAGGAGCAACAGCAGCCUGAGUCCUCUCUUCUUCCACUUCACUCUGUUUGCAGACCACGGGCCCCUCAGAUAUCUGUUCUUCUGCCUGUGUCUGAUGACCUAUGUGACCAUCAUCUCUGCUAACGCUGUCAUUUUCCUCACAGUCUGCCUGGAGAAGUCUCUGCAUCAGCCCAUGUACAUCUUUAUCUGCUUCCUGUCUUUAAACUCUCUGUGUGGCUCGGCCGCCUUCUUCCCCAGGUUCCUCGUGGACGUACUCUCUGACUCGCACUUCAUCUCUCGUAUGUCUUGUUUCAUCCAGAUGUACAUUAUCCACAGUUAUAAAGGACAAGAGAUCACUGUUCUCACUGUCAUGGCCUAUGACAGGUUUGUUGCUAUUCUCCAUCCGUUACACUAUCACAGCAGAAUGACGUUGAAGAUGGUGCGACAUCUUCUGAUUUUUGCGCUGUUCUCCCCUGUGUGUGUUUUCAGCUUCUUUUUCUAUCUCAGCAGUCGUUUGCCUCUGUGUGGAAAUAAAGUGCACAGGCUUUUUUGCACCAUCUGGUCUGUGGUUCAACUCUCCUGUGUGGACACGACCACGGAGGACAUAGCUCGUCAGGUUCUUGUUGUGUUAUACAUCGUUGUCCCCCUGUUCUUUGUCCUGUACACGUACCUGCGUAUUCUGCUGGUGUGCAGGAGGAGCUCGACUGAAUUCAGAGGGAAGACGUUACAAACCUGCCUCCCCCACAUCAUCACCUUUCUGAACUUCUGCAUCUCCAUACUGUGCGAAGUUUCACUUUAUACAGUUGAUGAAGUCAAUACAUUUGCCAUCGUUUUUUUAUCUAUGGAGUUUUUGAUCGUCCCCCCCAUCACUAACCCUCUGGUUUACGGCCUGAAUCUGCCUCAAAUCAGAGGAGUCAUUUUUAGACGUGUGAAGAUUUGUAAAAUUGCUCUCGCUGCUAAACCAAAGGUCCAACAGGCACAAAGCUCUGACUGUCACACAACUAGCUACUGA